CAAAUAAUGAUUCUUUCGAAAAUGAUAAUUCUUUUGAAAAUAAUCAUACAACGAAUAAUAAUUCUCUCGAAAAUAAUCAUACAACAAAUAAUAAUUCUCUCGAAAAUAAUGAUUCUUUCAAGAAUAAUAAUUCUUUUGAAAAUGAUGAAAAUAAUGACUCCUUCAAAAAUAAUGAUGUUGAUCCUUUCGAAAAUGAUGAUUUUUUUGAAAAUGAUUAUUCUUAUGAAAAUAAUGAUUCUUUCGAAAAUAAUUAUGAGGCAAAUAAUGAUUCUUUCGAAAAUGAUUAUGAAACAAAUGAUGAUUCUUUUAGAAGUGAUUCUUUUGAAAAUAAAGAUUUAGUGGAAAGUUCAAAGAAUGGAUCUACAAGUAAUGUUGGUCCCGAAAUAAUGGUUAUAUCAGAUGAUAGUGAAUCCGAAGCAGAAAUUAUUUGUGAAAAAGGAAAAUCAAAAGCUAUUCUUAUUGAACCGCAAGUAAUAACG